AUGGCGUGGUCAAGCUGCAAGAUGCUAGCGCUCACGCUGGCCCUGGCCGCCGGCUUCCGCACCCAGAGCCUGCGCGCCGCGCCGCGCCGGUCGUCGGCGCUGUCCGCGUCAAAGCGAGUCGCCGUCUGCGGCCCGUCGGGCGGCACGGUCGCCGACGGCAUCGCCGCCCGGCUCGCGGCGGGCGGCGCCGAGGUCGUGCGCGUCGUCGACGGCGAGGGCCGGAGCGGCCGCGUCGACGCGGCGGUGUGCUGCGGCGACGGGUCCGACGACGUCGCGCUGUCCAAGCUCCUGGACGCGUGCGAGCCGACGCCGGCGACGGUCGUCGUCGUCGGGCCCGGCGGCGGCGACGGCGAGGAGGAGGCCGGCGGCCUGCGGGCCGUGCUCGGCAGGGUGCCGGGCUUCGACAAGGGCUUCAGCGACCCGGCGGCCGUCGCGACCAAGGCGCUCGGCGGCGCCGCGCGGACCGCGUGCGUCGUCCUCCACGGGCCCCUCUUCGGCGGCGUCGCGCUGGAGGGCGAGCUGCAGGCCUUCAAGAGCGGCCUGCUCAAGGAGCCCGUGCUCGAGGACGACUUCGGCCGCCGCGGCGCGCGCGUCGCCGUCGUCCGCGACGGCGCCAAGGGCGAGGACCAGAUGUUCAGCUCCGGCACGUGGCUCGGCCUCGGCGACAUGGCCGCGGCGACGGAGCGGGGCCAGAUGCGCGAGGCGCAGGGCGUCGCCGCCAAGCCGCUGGCGGCGACGCGGCGCGGCGCCGUCGCCGACGCCGUCGUCGCGGCCCUCGCGUCGCCCGAGUUGAAGCCGGGCCUGGCCAAGUUCGAGGUCCGGUCCGCCGCGGGCGAGAAGGCGCCGUCCGCGGACGACUGGGCGGCCCUGCUCGCCGAGGUGCUCCAGGCGGGGAAGUCCACCAAGGCCCUGGCGAGCCGCCUCGACGCGCGCUACGACUGGGCGCCGGAGCCGCUGUCGUCGUGGCUCUGCGGCGAGUGGGGGCCGACGGCGCUCCGGUCCGUCGACGCGACGCUCGCGAUCCGCGGCGCGCGGCCCGUCGCCUUCGUGGCGCCCGCGGACCCGUCGUCGGGCCAGCUCGGCGCGCUCCGCUGGGAGACGCUCACGAACGCCGGCGUCGAGGCCGACGGCCGGCUCGAGUUCGCGCUCGUCGCCGCGGGCGGCGGCCUCGACCUCGUCGCCACGCGGGACCGCAUCGACGAGCUCACGGGCGAGGCCGACCUCAUGGACCUGCUCGUCGACGCGCUCGGCAAGUACGCGGCGACGCGCGCGGCGCCGUCCGCGGCCGCGGCCGCGGCCGCGGAGGCCGCGGAGAUCGCCGCGGCCAACGCCGUCGACGAGGAGCCCGCGCCGGCGCCGGUCGCCGUCGCCUCGGCCGCGGCGGAGAACCCCUACUACGAGGCGCCGAAGGAGGCCGAGAAGACCGUCACCGCGCCCGCGAAAAAACGCCGCUCGGCCGCGUCGAUCAUCGAGCUGACCCAGGGCGCCGACGAGUCCGAGGGCGACGCCGCGGGCACGCGCUGCGGCCUCGCGGACCUGGUGGACGACGCCGACGCCGCGUUCACGGCGGAAUCGGAGCCCGGCGACAGGGCGUCCAUGUGGGACGCGACGACGGGCCGGCCGACGGAGGCCGUGGCGGCCCUGCGGAAGCGCGUCGCCGCGCGGCUCGGCGCGCUCGACGGGUCCUGCGGCGCGCGCGGCGGCGAGCUGCGGCUCCGCGCGGCGCUGGCGCUCGUGAACAGCUGCCUCGUCGGGCGGAGCGCGAACUUCAAGGUCGAGCGGACGACGUCCGACGACUUCGCGGACCUGCUGGGCCCCUGGUUCGCGCCGGGCGUCGGCGCCGUGCUCCUGCUGGCCGUCGGCGGAUUCCUCGCGGCGUUCGACGCCUUGGUCGCGUCGCCGCUCUUGGGGCCCAAGCGGGCGCGCGUGCCCUGCGCGUGCCGCCUCUGCGCCGGCGCCGUGCGCGUCGACGAGAAGAUCGGCGAGGGCGGCUUCGGCGCGGUCUGGCGCUGCGCGACGCCGGCGGGCGUCGUGCUGAAACUCGUGCGCGUGCGCGUCGACCUCGAGCGCGACAUCCACGGGUUGCAGAACGUGCUCGACGAGGCGCGGCACCUGCAGGCCCUGCGCCACGACCACAUCGUCGCCUACUACGACACCUUCGUGCACCGCGAGGACGGCUCCAACGGCCUCUUCUCGCUCGACCUCCGCGGCGGCGCCGUCGCCGACUACGCGUGCAUCGCCAUGGAGGACUGCGCCGGCGGAAGCUUACUGGACCACGUCGCCUCCGGCGUGCCCUUCCCGCUGCCCGCCGUCGUCGAG